AUGACCACCCAGCGCCCUGAACAAAAGUCAACCGUCGUUGUCCGUCUUGCCAGUGCUGACGAUAUCGCCCAAGUCGAGGCCAUCCACAAGGUCGUCAACCGCGCCUAUCGCUCUGUGACGGAGGAGCGUAUUACGGUGGAUGAGUUGAAGGAGGCAUUGCUCGACACGAUUAACCCCAUCCUCUUGGCCUUUGACUCCGAGACCAACGAACCCCUGGGUACCAUCCAGCUCGAGCCUGCCGAGCACUACCCCGAUUUCGGCGAGUACAAGAAGGAAGGCUAUACCUCAACCCACACCGAGCCCGUCCCCAAGGACCAACAGGUCUUCCUUGGUCUCUUCUCUGUCGACCCAGCCCAGCAGUCCCGCGGUAUCGGCCGCAAGCUGGUCGAGGCGGCCUUAGCCCAUGCCAGGAAGAACAUGAACCGGACCCAGUGUGUUGUCUAUGUGCUGUAUAUGCGUACCGAGUUGAUCAAGUGGUACAACAAGCUGGGCUUUGUUGACUAUGGUGAGAAGGUCAACUUCCCUGACUCGUCCCGCAUCGUCCAGGAGGAUACCCAUUUUUCUGUUCUCCGUCUCCCUCUUUAA